AUGAAGGCAGUGCAUUACCUUCCCUUCUUUGCAUCUCUCACAUCGGCCAUUUGGCCACUACCCACAUCAUACGACCAUGGAGAUACUGUACUGUGGAUGUCCGACGACGUAGCAUUCAACUGGGCGGGAACAGCAGCUAGCGCAAGUAAUGUAGGCUCGAGAUUUCUAGUCUUGCAAGAAUAUCUAUUCUCGAGCUUCGAUGAAUCCAGCAACCGGAAACCAAAACGUGAGGGUACGGAGUGGCAAGGUGUGAGUGGUGAUGAUAUCAUCAGGUUCGCGAUCGAGCAGACGAAAUCGACGAUUUUGAAGCGGAAUUUCGUGCCCUGGAAGUUUCAUCCAAGGGGGUGGAGUGAACCGAUUGCGGAGGGAGCGACUUAUGUAUCAUCGAUCACGCUGGAACUUCUUGGAGAGGAUCCCCCGAGUAUUGCGAAGCCGCUUGCUGGUAGUGUAGAUGAGUCGUACUCGUUAACCCUGACGACGACGGGCGAAGCUACGAUUCUGGCAAAUACUUCUCUCGGGCUUCGACAUGGUCUCAAUACUUUCACUCAGCUUUUUUACAAGCACUCGUCCGAUGGAGCGUACACCGCGCUCGCUCCAGUUCAAAUCUUCGACGCCCCCAAGUUCGAGCAUCGAGGCAUCAACAUGGACGUAGCACGGCAAUGGUAUCCCGCCAAGGACAUAGCCCGCAUGAUCGAUACCGCCGCCUACAACAAGAUGAACCGAUUCCAUCUCCACGUAACGGAUUCGCAGUCCUGGCCAUUGGAGAUCCCAUCUCUGCCCGAACUAGCCGCAAAAGGAGCCUACAGGCCAGAAUUAUACUACAGCACCAAGGAGUUCGAGUACCUGCAGAAGCGAGCAGCACUCCAGGGCGUGGAGCUGAUCACAGAGAUCGACAUGCCAGGCCAUACGAGUAUCAUACACGAAGCCUAUCCUGACUUGAUUGCUGCGUAUAACAUCCAGCCGAAUUGGGACACGUAUUCUGCGGAACCGCCGUCAGGCACGUUGAAACUCAAUUCCAGCGAUGUGGAUACGUUCCUGUCUAAACUGUUUGACGACUUGCUCCCGCGGAUAUUCCCGUUCUCUACUUACUUUCACACCGGCGGUGACGAGGUGAACAAGAAUGCUUACGAGCUGGAUGAUACGGUUAAGUCAAAGGAUCCGGAGGUCCUGCAGCCGUUGAUGCAGGCUUUCAUCGAUCGAAACCACGAUCAGGUCAGAAGCCAAGGCUUGACUCCGAUAGUGUGGGAAGAGAUGCUACUGGACUGGAACCUCACGCUCGGAAAGGACACUGUGGUUCAGAGCUGGCGAAGCGACGAGGCGGUCGCCAGCAUUGUGAGUAAAGGAUACAAGGCUCUAGUUGGCAACUAUAAAUACUGGUACCUCGAUUGCGGCAAAGGCCAAUGGCUCGACUUCUCCCCUGAGCGAGCAGCAGCAGCAUGGCCCUUCCAAGACUACUGCGCUCCCUUCCACAACUGGCGUCUCGUAUACUCCUACGACCCUCUAGCAGGAGUGCCCUCCGAAUACCACCACCUCGUCAUCGGCGGCGAGGCUCAUCUCUGGUCUGAACAAACCGACCCCAUCAAUCUCGACAGAAUGAUAUGGCCCCGAGCGAGCGCCGCCGCCGAAGUGCUAUGGAGCGGCGUGAAGGACGCACAGGGCCAGAACAGAAGCCAGUUCGAUGCGAGUCCCAGACUCAGUGAGAUGAGAGAGCGGAUGGUCGCGAGGGGUGUGGGCGCAGAGCCCGUACAGAUGCCGUAUUGCACCAUGGAUGGUGAGCAGUGUCAGUUGGGAUUACUCGCAUAG